GGUAUGUUACAACUAUACUGGAAGAUGCAAAGAUCUACUCGAGCCACGCAAAGAAAUCCAGCGUCGAUGCGGAUGACGUGAGGUUGGCGAUCCAGUGUCGAACAGACCAGUCCUUCACAUCUCCACCUCCGCGAGACUUCUUGUUAGAUAUUGCAAGGCAGAAAAAUCAGACGCCGCUGCCGCUGAUAAAGCCUUAUUCUGGACCCAGGCUCCCACCUGACAGAUACUGCCUGACCGCUCCCAACUACCGGCUGAAGUCAUUGCAGAAGAAGGUCUCUUCCUCUGCAGGCAGAAUAACAGUCCCUCGCCUGAGUGUUGGUGCUGUGAGCAGCAGGCCCAGCACUCCUACUUUAGGUACACCUUCAGCACAGGCCGUGUCUGUCUCAACCAAAGUGGGCACUCCAGUGUCGCUGACGGGGCAGAGGUUCACCGUGCAGAUCCCCUCUUCCCAGGCCACAGUCAAGUCAGCCACACCAACUACUCCAACAGUUCAGAAUGUUCUAAUUAAUCCUUCGUUAAUUGGACCAAAGAACAUUCUUAUUACUACAAAUAUGGUGUCAUCACAGAAUGCAUCUAAUGAAUCGAACCCCUUGAAAAGGAAGCAUGAAGAUGAUGAUGACUAUGAUAACUUGUGA